AUGAAGAAAUUAAUUGUGGAUGGUGUCAAGAAGGCCCAACGACCAGUUGGACUUUGUGCUCAAGAAUUUCCAGUAGAAGAUGUUGCACCGUUAUGUAUUAGCAUGGGAAGCGAGCUAAUGCGAAUCAGUCUUUCAGGCUUCACUACCCUCAUCUUCCAGAAGUCAUUCGACAAUAACCGUCCACUCAGUCGAUUUCAUCGUUUCAAGGCGUCAGCUAACAUAAUGCUAACACACUGUAACAUACCAGAGCAAAUGGAACACUUUGGUCACGACGAACAGGACAACGUGGCCAAGGCAGAGGCUCCUGAUGAGGAUGUUCCCCAGAAUGAGCUAGCUAAGAAUGAAUCAGAGCAGAGCUGUAUAAGUUCGUCUUCUGCUCCACAUGAAGAAACCGUUGAAGUGGUCGCCGAUGUCCCUUCAAUUGCAUGGAAAAAGGGAGUGAAACGCUCGGCAGAGGCCUUGAUCGAUAAAGAAGUGGAGAAGUGCGCCGUUGAUGCGAAAGAGGAAGCAGGAGGAGACUGUGUACUUUCGAGUGUAAACAACACUGCUUUACCACCAUGUACGGAUGACGAGGUUGCACUCUUUUCCGACUCGGAUGUGGAAUGUAUUGCCAUCGAGGACAAUUCAGUGGCUGAAGAUGAAGCAAUAUCUAGUAAGCGAUCACGCCUGGGAAAGCAGGAUACCACUGCGUGUGUUAAUGAUUCAAAUGUCGUGGAUAUAAUACAGAUAGAUUGA